AUGUCCGAAUCUAGCCCUCUUUUAAGUGGCAGUAGCGCUGUAUCUACGACAAGUGUAAACACCCGUGGCAAGUUUGGGCCGCAGCGGACGUCUUUUACCAAUCAAAAGCUCAAAAUCCUGCCGCAGGGUCCGGAAACGUUCGAGGACGAUGAGCAAGAAACCCCGGCAGAAGUAUAUUCUCAAUUGCGCCAGAUCACCGAUUCUGUAGCCAGAAAGGAUGCCGAACGACUGGGCAAGGCCCAUCGCAAGCUGUUGCCCCGUGUGACCGCCUACUGCACGGCCGGAUCGUAUCGCAUGAACGAACUGAAUCGAUACCUCUCUGGUCGUACAGCAAAUCAUGCUGAGCCUAAAUUGAUUGACGAAUGUCUCUAUACUCCUUAUACUUAUUUGCGGCCCGGUGAGGAGCCUACGACCGGGCCCACUCGACUUACUGACGAAGGCGGCGAGAUUGAUACGUCGUACAGACGCAGUGAUCUAUUUAUUUUCCAGUACGGCGUGGUGGUUAUGUGGGGAUUCCGCCAGGAUGAAGAGCAACGGGUACUGCAAGAGCUGGCUCGUUUUGAGCGGGAGAAGCUGGCCUACGAGGACGUGCACGUCGAGGAGUUCAACUAUUACAUUACUCAAUCGUACCAGCCCCGCAUUUACAAUGACUUUUUCGCCCUGCGGGACCAUAAUUACAUGACCAAGCUGUCGAUUUCACACGCCAUUGCUCAGAGUGCAAAGAUCUCGCUGUUUGAGGAGCUGGUGGACAAUACGAUCUCCGACACUCAGGAUUUUCCCCUGGAAAUUGCAGAAACAGGUAAAAUCGACAUGUCUCGUAGAGAUAUUAUGAAGAGCAUCGGCGAGCUUUUCAUUUUGCGCGUCAAUGUUAAUCUGCAUGGCUCGGUCCUCGACUCUCCGGAGCUCAUGUGGGCCGAACCUCAGCUCGAGCCAAUCUACCAAGCAACUCGAGGAUACCUUGAAAUCAGCCAACGGGUCCAGCUCCUAAACACCCGCUUGGAAGUUGUCAACGAUUUGCUCCAGAUGCUCAAAGAGCAGCUUGGACAAGUGCAUGGCGAGUACUUGGAAAUCAUUGUUAUCGUGCUCAUUGCUGCCGAGAUCGUGGUGGCUCUUAUUAACGUUAUUGUGGAUGUAUAUGCUCAAGAGUAA